AUGCCGCUCGCCUUCGCCUCUGCGCUUGCACGGGCCUUUCCCCUGACCACACCUGGAGGAGCACUAGUGUGCCGUCGGACUGUCGCAAAGCCCUCUACUCAACCAGCCCGCCGACCGCCUUCCCGAUGGGUCUGUGCAACAGCUUCUUCCGCCGCUGAAACUGCUCGCAACGCAAUCGCAUCUUCGCCAAUAAUGGUCUUUUCAGGUUCUUACUGUCCAUACUGCACGCGCGUUAGAGCCCUUUUCGAAGAACUCGGCGCUGAGCACACCGUGUGGGAAGUCGACUUGCGAACGGAUGGCGGCGAGAUCCGACGCUUCCUCGCGGAGGAAACCGGACAAACAACAGUGCCAAAUGUCUUCAUUGGCGGGAAACAUGUAGGCGGAUGCGACGAUACGAUCGAACUUCUCCAACAAGGCAAAUUAAUGGACAUGAUCGACGCAGCAAAGAUCCAGAUGUAACACCUGGAUAGUUGACAUAUAAACGCUUUAAUUGCAGCAUCGCAGGGGACAAGCAGAGUGCAGGAUCAGUCGGUUACCGUCACGGGGCGCCCACCAAUGCCUAGUAUGGCCCCGACAACG